CAAAACUGAAAGCAAAAUAUCAGAUGGUGAUGGUGUAGCCUGCAAUGGAAUACAGGUCAAGUUUAUUUGACAACCCCAGCAACCAAUGGAAAAAAUCUCUACAGGCAGACAAUCACCCCUUUGUGUGGUGCUCACAGCAGCCGUUGGAGGCUAUGUUAUCACAGCUACCACAGCAGAAGCAAUAGAGGCAGGAGACUGGUUUAUCAAAACCACCACCCUACCUGAGGUUAUUCACAUGGCAACGGACACCGGUGCAUUUGGUGUGGGUCUGCUGAUGAUGUGCCUAGCGCUGGGCAUUGCGCUGUGGUCAGUUGCAGUGGGCAUCAAGUUUGCCACUGGAGUGAAUAGCCUCUUGAAGAUGCUAGGGUUGAAGACUUCGACAAUGAUCUCCGUGGGGCCGUUGAUAGCCCUGGGAACCUCAGGAACUGGAGCCUUGCUGGGGACAACUGCUGGAUCUCUCCUGGUGUGGGGAAAACAAGGACUCGUCAUAGGACUCAGUGUUGUGCUACUUGUCAUUUGCAUUAUAAUGUGGCCUUUCAUUCCAGUUGCAUUAAGAAAUCCCCCCGAAGGACGUGUCCUUUUAAUGAUACAGCUAAUAGUGUUCUUGAUUAUCCAGUUCAUUACGAUAUAUUUGGGGAUUAGUUUUAGCUUUGUUCAUCCAGGUGCAUACAUUUUGACGCUAAUAAUGACAUGGGCUAUCGUGGGUUCAGAAUCAACCUAUAAGUUAGCACAAAAACUUUUGAGACAUGUUCCUGGUCAGAUGCCAGAUUCAGGGGAUUUCUUUGUGUACAGUUUUUGCAUGGUAACGUGGUUCACAGGUGUUACAAUUGGAACUACAGGCUUUUUUCUGUUAUACAGACAGAAAGCACAGCAGGACACCAAAAUAAUAUUAUUAUCCUGUUCACACAUUGGACCAUUGUGUGCCACCAUCAUGGGAGCUGUGGUUGGUGUCUACUCCAUGCUGGGUUUAAAGACAACAGAUGCUGAAACAGUGGCUCUUGGUGCAGUAAGCACAACCUUAUUGGCACUGAAAGGUAUUCCAGCAGCGUCGGACAUUCUUGGACCUUGUGGUACGGCCGGUCUGGUCAUUGGAGUGGGCAGCAUAGCAGGGCUGUCUCUGGAAGCAGCUGUAGUAGCUGCAAAGAUGAGGUAUCGUGGACCAGGUGGUGCAGGUGCUUUGUUUGGGGCAUUUGGGGGUGCUAUUUUAGGGACAAUAUCUUUAUCGGUGUCUAGAAAAAUACUAUUAUUGUUUGUAACGACUGUUGUGGCUGUUCUUCCAAAUCUUGAGAAAGUUGAACGAAUUGGAUAUGGAGAGGUAAAACCACUGGAAAGUGCUGUUGAGGGUGCAGUGUUUUUUGGUAUAGUUGCACUAGCAACAGGAGCUGUAGGACUGGCAGUUAUAUUUAUUGGGUUCACAGGAAUUGCAGGGUUUUUCAUAGGUAUUGUUGUCAGCUUAGUAGCAAUUAUAUGUUUAUUCAUAUUCACUGAAUUAAUGCAUUAGGCUUCCUCAAAGCAUUAUGGUGGUUACUGUAUUUAGCAGAUGAUUUUGUCCAAAGUGACCAUAGUGACAGAAUAUAAAUGUACAAUAGUUAAAAUUAAAAGUAAACAGUUAAAAGUUAGUUUGCCAACAUCCAAGAACCAAAACUACAGGAAUGCAGAAUGCAACUCAUUUCAACAAGGAGGACCCACUGAGGAAAAUAGUCUUGAAUUUGACCUAGUGUAUGGAAGGUCAGUAGACGCUCAUCAGAGACUGCAGUGGGCGAUCUGGGAUGUUGAGCUGGAUCAUGGAAUUGAGAAGCAGGGAGCUUCAGAGUGUCCAGAGUGAGGAAUUUGAAUUUAAUUCUGGCUUCUACAGGAAGCCAAUCCAGAGUAGCCAAACUAAGAGAGGAGUUAUGUGUCCUCUUUGGCUGAUUGAAGACUAGGCAUAGGCCUGUAUUAACUGGAAUGGUUUCACUACAGAAGCAGGUAGGCCAGCUAACAAUGUACUGUAUUUCCAGUUCGAAAAUAGCAGCCUGCACAAAAAGUUGUGUGGCAUUUUGAGUCAUAUAAAGUCUGAUCUUCCAACAACUUCUUGAUGUAAGGAGAAACCAACAUGAUUUUGCUAUUGAGGCUAUGCCUAGACUACAUGCUCAUCAAUUAUAAAUGGAUAAAUAAUGAAUUACUAAUACCUUGGGUUCAUGUCAGAGAAGUUCACUGAAGGACGGGUGGCCAAAGGAAAGUAAUUGCCUGUAGGCAAUGUAGGCCUAUGCAUUCGGCUUGUACAUGUGCCUGAAAAUUACGAUCUGAAAGCUUAUGCUGCCACCUAGUGUAUUAAAAGUUUACAUGACAUCCGAU